UUACAUUUCACAUGUUCUGCAAAUUAUACCUAAAGUUUCAAGCUUAUUUGGGAGUUCAUGAUCAAGAGAAAGAAAGUCCUCUGCAAUAUCCAAAUUUCGUCUCAAUUAGUUCAGUCUACAUGAGCAAUGGAAACUGAAGCUGAAAUAUCAGAACCGAUCCCUUCUAAUAAAAUAGGAGCACAAGACAAAGAGUCAAUAUGUGGCGAGUCAGAGUCAUUCAAAACAAUGCAGAAAGUUGAAAGUGGUCUCACACUACCUGCCAAGAUUGUUGAAAACCUCACAAGAACAGAACACCUAGAAGUAAAUGCUGGUACCUGUGAAGGUGAAAGUUUUUUGGUAUCACCCUCACUUGACAAGGUUGGUAUUGAAAACACCUACACAGCUUCUGAGUAUAAUGUGGUUAAUGAAAUGGUGAUUCUGCAACAGGAGAUGCUAGAUAAUGAAACCCCAUUCCAGAAAGAUCUAAUACAAGAGGCUAUAGAAGAGACAUAUGGCGUCACAGAAGCAGAAAACUUCAGCUCUUUUGUUAAACAAGGCCCUGCAGACACAGACUUGGAAAAUGAUGGGGAGCUUGCAAAGGCCUCUGAAUUACCAUCAGAAGAGAAGAAUGUUGAGGAAUAUGUGAAAGAGAAGCCGCCGCCUUCACCCAUUACGUCUGUUUUGAUUGAAACAAACUCAAAAGGACCAAAAGAGAGUGGGAAGCAAGAAGCCAUUGGGAAAGAAUCACAAACAUACGAACAGCUCCCCAACAAUAAACUUGAUAAAUUGCCGGCUUUGGAGGAAAUGGAAGGAAAGAAGAAUGAGAAAUCACCAAAGUUAGUAUUCAUAGAUCAAAACCUCAACCUGGUUCCUUCAUCUCAGAAUACUGAUGAGGAGAUCCAGAAAAGAGAGAACAGGUUCCACAACAUUGACACUUCAGCUGUUGAGGAAACCAGUUUACAGAAAGGGGAGAAAGAAGAGCCACCUCCCAGUAUUGAUGAAGGCAAUGAGACUCGGAAGAAAACUGAGAUUCUUGAUCAAGAAGUUGAAGCAAUAGAUAAACAGGUAAGUAUUGCUGACUAG